UUCCUGCUGCGCCGUUCGGACGAACGAACCCCGCGAUCUGACUGCGCGAAUGCGACAAAAUUGAGUGGGGGGAAGGACGAAACGACACGGUGCCCAAAAUGCCGGGAAUUCUACCCAUGAAAGUCAUCAAGGUGGGCAACAGCUCGCAGAGCCGCAUUGCCCAAGCCUGUGACCGGUGCCGCAGCAAAAAGAUACGGUGCGAUGGAAUCCGCCCCUGCUGCUCGCAGUGCGCCAAUGUCGGCUUCGAGUGCCGCACCAGCGACAAGCUCAGCCGUCGUGCCUUCCCGCGCGGCUACACCGAGUCAUUGGAGGAGCGUGUGCGGGCGUUAGAGGCCGAGGUGCGGGAGCUCAAGGACCUGUUGGACGAAAAGGACGAGAAAAUCGACAUGCUGUCGAGGAUGCACGACAAUCGGCGGUCCCCAACCGAGCAGUUCCAAACACCUCCGGCUGCCGAAGUGAAGAAAGAUGCUGCUGCGCCGGCAAAGGAGGACACGUUCCGGGUCCAAGCCUCGCCCCUUUUGCUGGGUGUCGAGAAUUCAGAUUCUUAUUUCAUGGGCGCGUCCAGCGGCCGCGCAUUCAUUGAAUCUUUCAAGCGCAAGAUGCAGGAGAGUGGCAAGCCUUGCUCCGACUUCAACCCAGAGGCUUUCUUGCACAUCCAGGGAUGUUACCCGCUCACAGCCAAGCCGCCUGCUCCCACCAUGAGAAUACCGCCACGGUUGCUCUCAGACCGGUGCGUCAACGUCUACUUCCAGGAGUGGGCGCCGCUCUUCCCCGUGCUGCACAAGCCGACGUUCCUUCGCGUCUACGAGGAAUUCGUCGCGGACCCGGAGAAAGUCAAGAACAAUCACAAGCUUGCGCAACUCUACCUGGUCUUCAGCAUUGCCGCGUUGUCAGGCGAGCAGCCCGACCUUCAACAAGUCGCUGCCUGCGAACAGCAAUGGCAGCGGUCGCUUGAGGCCGUCCUCAUGGAUAACACCAUGAUGACUCUGCAGUGUCUGCUGCUGGCGCUGAUGUACUGCACCAUCCGGGCGGACUACAAGAGACUGCAGCAUUACAAGGGCAUCGCCGUCGGGCUAUCUCACCGGCUCGGAUUGCACCAGAGCCAAAAGCGCUUCUCGUUCGGCGUGCUUACCAUUGAGACCCGGAAGAAGGUGUUCUGGACUCUCUAUGUGCUUGACUGCUUCUCCGCCGCCAUCCUCGGCCUCCCAAAGCUGCUGAAAGAGGAAGACGUCCACGCGGAGUUCCCAUCCGACACCGACGACGAGUAUGUGACCGAGAAAGGCUUCCAGCCCAGCCUUCCGGGUGAGGCUACGCGGCUUUCCAACGCGUUAGCUUUGUUCCGGUGUUCCCGAAUUCUUGGCAAGGUGCUAGAGAAGAUCUAUCCCUCGGCAUCCUCACACGAGCUUUCGCUCCAGCAGCUAUCUGCCCUCGGUGUUGAGCUCGACGACUGGUAUGAGAAGCUGCCUCAGCAUCUCAAGCUCACCUUCAAGCAAGAUAAGCCGUCGACCGAUGUUACAGGCAGCAGGUCGCCGAUCCUGGCUCUUGCGUACUACUACAUUCGCACUCUCAUCUUCCGCCCUGCCGUAACAUCUAGUCUCGGGCCUAAGGCUGCUCCCGCCUUGAUCUCGGUUGGCGAGUCGAGCAAGCACAUGAUCCAGAUCAUCCAGCUGCUCGAGGAACGGAACAUGUCCUUCUCCUUCUGCCUAAAUAAGGCCGACACGCUUGUUCUCUGCGGCAUGGUUCUGCUCUACCAGACGAUGGACCUCAAGCAGGACAGUAAGCUGCUCAAAGACAACGAGAAGCUGGUGAACGCGAUCAUCAAGGCUGCCGAGAAGGCGAAAGCGCCGGGCUGCUAUAGCCUCAAGAAGGUCGCUGGGACGCUGAUCACGAUCGAUGAGCCACCGCCGCAGUCCUUGCCAACGCCGUCGAGUCAAAGCCCGGAUACCUGUCUUGCCGCCCCGCCCCCGCCGCGGACUUCGUCGACGACAAGCCACAAGGGGCAUCCAACGCUCGGCCGCCAGCUUGCCGCUAGCAUGAGCGAGACCGAUCUACUGGCGCAGCAAGAGAAGCUGCGCAGGAUGACGAUGUCGGCGCACGUUCAGCAGAGAGCAGCCGGCCCACUACCCGCGCGCUCCAGAGGAUCAUUCGACAGCCCGAGGCCAGCGCUGCCCCUUUCACAACGUGAUCACAGGCUAUCUCUGAGCCAGGCGCAGGCCGCGCAAGCAGCCAUGCUCGCGCGCCUCUCGACGUCUCCCAAUGCCAGGCAGGCCAUGGACUACUUGCACCUCGACUCACGGUCCCAACCGACGUCUCCCGUCCACACACGCGGUCCUUACCCAUCGGUGACGCACGCGCAGCAGGCCCAUCUGUACACGCAACUGCACAAGGGAUCCGGCGUGUCGACAGCCGAGUGGGAGGCGCUGCUCGGCUCGAUCGAGGGCGGCCAGCUCAACGUCUACGACGCGAUCUACGGCGGGCCGGGGCUUGCGCUGGCGGAGACCCCCGUGUCAGCCACGACGGCCACCCCCGCGGCGUGGUCGCCCGACUCGUGGGAUCUGACGGGGCUCCACCUGGGCGAUUAUGCGCCGCCCGGCACCGGCUCAUCGCACAGCGUGGUCAGCCUGAGCGAGGACGGUCUGAGCUCGAGCGACGAUCUCAUCAGCGUGGGCAGCAUGGAUUUCAGGAACCCGCUCAUUCCGGCGUCGACGACGGCGGACGGGUACGUGCUGGAUGGCUUGGAUGGGUUUGGGCUAUGACGGGG